UUUAUAAGAAUUUUUUAUUUUUUAUUCUUACGUGAUAGGGUCAGACUCUGUUUUUAUGCAUGGUGCCUCCAAAAGUGCUACAAAGGAAACAGGGUCCUAGAUACUUGAAUUUUAUGACAGUAAGUCUUCCUUCUGCCCAGGUCUGUACUCUACCGGUAUAUUGGCAAGAUUGCUUACCUUUUUAUUAAUUCAUGAUACUCUUUAUGCUGCACUUCCAGUCUCUCAUGGAAUCCUGUCCAUUCAACCUCUCACAUGUCUCUUUAAUCCCUCUCUUCCUCUCCAUUCCUGCCUCAGCUAUCCUCGCUGACCCCUGUAGCCUCCCUGCAUUUAGGGUUUCUCUCUUCCAGUGUAUUCUUUACACCAGCCCAGAGUUACUCUGUACAGUUACAGCUCUGGCCAUGUCACUUCCAUAGCUAGAGCCUGUCAGUGGCUUCCACUGCCUUCAGAAUAAAAGCCAAGGUCCUCAGGGUUUCUUUCCUGCAGGGCCCCGCGUGGCCUCGUUCCUGCCUUGUCCGCCUCAGUCUCCUUGUCCCUGUCCCCCUUCCAUGCUUUCCUUUCCACCGGUGUUGAACGUGAUGUGGUUCCCUGAAUGUGCCAUUGCAUUUCAUGCCUCUGUGCCGUUGCCUGUGUCUUUUUCUCAAACCAGUCACCUUUCCCUCUGCCCUGCAAACUCCUGCAGAUCCUGCAGCACACAUCUCGAGCGCCACCUCCUGUGUGAAAUCUUCCCUGGCCCUUUCUGUUCUUAGGUCUCACAUAGACGGUCGCUUCCUUCCCUGUGCUGCUUCUGAACUCGGACAUCCUUCUGUCACUCUCCGUAUUGUGCUGUACUCCAGUUAUCUAUCUGUGUAACAAACCAUCCCCAAACUCACUGGCUCAAAACAGUAAUGAUUUAGUUCCCGUGAUUCUGUGGGCUGACCGAGUGGCUCUUCUGCUCUGCUUGGUGUUGCGUGGGGUCACUCGUGUGGCUCUAUUCAGCUGGGUGCUCAGCUGAGGGACAUCAUGGGGCCUUUUCUCUUCACGUGGUGUUUCAUCCUCCAGGGUGGCCUGACGUCCUUACAACACGGCUUCUGUGAGAACUCCAAGAGGACAAGCCCCAGUGUACAAAUGCUUAUCAAGUCUCUGCUUGAAUCAUACUAGCUAAUGUCCCACUGGCCAAAGCAGGUGACAUGUCUAAUCCCAGAGGUAGAAGCUCCACAAGGCAUGAACGCCGGGGGCCAUCAAAGUAGCAGUCCACCACACAUGGUGUUGUGGCUAUUUGGGGCAUGUUUGUGUUUCCUGUCACAUAUGCUACAAGAAAAGCAACUGCUUAAGAAGUUGAUCUAUGUCUUCAUUAUCCACCUUUAUCCUUGUGUCUAGCAGUGUCAGACACAUGGUAUGUAUUCACAGAGGGCUUCAUAAAAAGAAAAGCUCUGAGCUGGUUAUUAAAAGCGAGGAAUCCAUCAGACAGCCCGAGAAGACGAGGAAGGGCAUUCCAGCUAAAGGGAAGAGCAUGCGGAAAUCAUGGAGAAAUUCCAGCACCCAAAGUUAAGUAGUCUUCAUCGUGAGAACUUCAUCUGGAACCUGAAAAAUGUUCCUCUUCUGGAGAAAUACCUGUAUGCCCUCGGCCAGAAUCGAAAUCGUGAGAUGAUCGAACAGGUCAUUCAGCUGUUCAAGGAUGAAGUCAUGACCAAGUUACAUCAUUUCCGGGAAUGUAUCAAUCAUGGAGAUUUCAAUGACCAUAACAUUUUAAUAGAGUCCAGCAAGUCAGCCUGUGGAGAUGCUAUUUAUCAAGUGUCUGGGAUUUUAGACUUUGAUGACAUGAGCUAUGGCUACUAUGUAUUUGAAGUGGCAAUCACCAUCAUGUACAUGAUGAUUGAAAGCAAGAGUCCUAUACAAGUAGGUGGUCAUGUCCUUGCAGGAUUUGAAAGUGUAAUCCCACUGACACCUGUAGAGAGAGGUGCGUUGUUUCCACUUGUGUGCAGUCGUUUUUGUCAGUCACUCGUCAUGGCUGCAUAUUCUUGCCAGCUGCACCCAGAGAACGAAGAAUAUCUCAUGAUUACUGCAAAAACAGGGUGGAAACACCUACAGCAAAUGCUUGACAUGGGCCAGGGCGCUGUAGAAGUAAUCUGGUUUGGCACGGCCAGGUCCUACGAAUCUGGGAUCUCCAUGUGACUGGAUAAUAGUUUCUAUUAACUUGGGUAAUUAAAAACUCAAUAGGACCAAAUCUAAUUCUAUGAGGGAUUUCCCUGCACAGUUAAAAAUGAAUUGAUGGAACAGAUCAAUGCAUGACAAGCCACUCAGGCCUUCAAUCUCAUGACGAUUUUCUUACAGUAAGAAAUACUACAGGGCCGGUGAGUGGCGCAAUGGUUAUGAACUGGCUUGGGAUGCCAGAGGGCCCCGGUUCAGAUCCCACAUAUGAGGGCCAGUGA